CGGGCCUGAGUCCGGCAGCUGCUUUUCGUCACCCUGUUCUCUUCAAACACGGCCAGGCUAGGGUAGUUACAGUUACCGCGGGUCUGAGGAUCCAACCUUAGAGGUUAAUUUCACACGGCCGGGAGCGGAGAAGACCGCCUUUACGGCCGCCAAGACUACCGCGCCUGCGCACUCUAGUUCUUGAACCAAAUCGUCACCGCUGAGAAAUUUGUCCCAGAUGGCUUGCCAUCUGUUUCCAAGGCAACCCGGGAGCCUCCUGGCAACGGCAGGGCGCGCGGCCUGCGCGGGUCUCCCGGCCCAGCCGUGCCAUGGCUGCAGCGAGUCCCAGCGUCUUCCUGCUCAUGGUCAACGGGCAGGUAGAGAGCGCCCAGUUUCCAGAAUAUGAUGACCUCUUCUGCAAGUACUGCUUCGUGUACGGCCAGGACUGGGCCCCCACAGCGGUGAGUUGGACUCAUGGGCCUCCUCUACUUAGAGCUGUCGUGAUUCCUGAGGGUCUGGAGGAGGGCAUCUCACAGAUAGCAUCCAAGAGCCAAGAUGUCCGGCAAGCACUGGUGUGGAACUUCCCCAUCGAUGUCACCUUUAAAAGUACCAACCCCUAUGGCUGGCCACAGAUCGUGCUCAGUGUGUAUGGACCAGACGUGUUUGGGAAUGAUGUGGUCCGAGGCUACGGAGCAGUGCAUGUACCCUUCUCUCCGGGACGGCACAAGAGGACCAUCCCCAUGUUUGUGCCGGAGUCCACAUCUACACUGCAGAAGUUCACAAGCUGGUUCAUGGGACGGCGGCCUGAGUACACAGACCCCAAGGUGGUGGCCCAGGGUGAAGGCCGGGAAGUGACCCGUGUCCGCUCUCAGGGAUUUGUCACCCUCCUCUUCAAUGUGGUGACCAAGGACAUGAAGAAGCUGGGCUAUGACACUGGGCCUGUGGACACACAAGGAGUCCUGGGUCCCAGCCUGUCACAGAGCAACCUACAAUGAAAGAAUCAGCCUUUCUGCCCACCAUUAUGGCCCAGGUGCCGCACAGCCCACACACAAUCAAAGACUCCAGCAGCAUGGCUGGGGAGUGGAGAGCUGAAGACAGUUUUCUAUAAUAAAGCAUUACCUUUUUUUUUUUCCCAGAAAUUCUGGGUCCUGGAUUU